CCUUUUAUCUCUCUACCUUACUUUAUAUAUAUUUUUUUUAAGUUCGGUUCUCUCUUGUAUUCGUUUCUUGACUUUUUUACAGUCCAAGAGAGACUUCUGGGUGCUGUUGAGGGAUUUUGCAUUGCAGACCAAGGAGAGAAUCCAUGAAUUUGCUUUGGUAGACCAGGUUGUCUUUGGGGUUUCAUUCCGAUAACCCAAUAAAGUAUUUGCAAUUCUGGUGGAGGGUUUUUGUUUCACGGCUUUGUUGUGUUGAAGCCCAGAUGAAAGUUGGGGUUUUUGGGGCUGUGAGUUGAAAAAGCUUGAGCAUAUACGCGUUUUGAAGAGCUAUAGUUUAGCUGUUGAAGGCCUGCUGAUUUAUUUUUUCUUUAAUUUUCUAUUAGAAAUUACCCUUCACAAGAGGGAUUUAGUUUUGAGGAGCUGAUCUGUUAGUUUGUAUGUAGGUUGUGGUUCAUUGGGAUUAAAAUUUCAGAAAAUCAAACAGAAUUAUUAGCUCCAGUUCUUUAUAUUGGCAUAGGAGAUGUUUGAAUGAACCUUGACAAUGCCUUUGCACACACUGAGUUAUGCAUCCCAUGUAUUGGGUUAUGUAGAUAUGAACAGAAGCCCGUAUAAGACAAGGUUGAGUCCAGCUCUAGCAAUACCUCCAUCAUCAAUUCUCUUACACACUGAUGAAAGUGGGAGAUUUCCUGAAUCAAAGAAGAGUCCUGGAUCAAAUGCACCUUCAAGAAGCGGUGACCCUACUGGUUCUUUACUCGGUCAAGCGAACACAAUAGGUAUUAUUGGAGGGGUGUCCGUGGAUUCUACACUGAAUUUUCUGAGAAAACUUGUCAAUUGGAGUAAAAGGGAAGGAAAUAGUUCCCUUCCUUUUGUACUUCACUCUGAUCCUGUGUUAAAUAAAGAGCUUUUAUCACAUGACAGAAGUUCUUUUCCUUCCCUCAGCAAAAGUCAAAGUAAUCGAUUAGACCCUACCCCAAUUGUGGAGAACUUGCGGAAUAAAAGAGCUUUCCUUGAGAAUUCAGGAGCUUGUUGCUUAGUGAUGCCUUGUAACAUCUUGCAUUCCUGGCAUGACGAGGUUUCUAAAGGAUGUUCUGUUCCUUUCCUCCAUAUGGCCGAGUCUGUUGCCAGGGAGCUCAAGGAAUCAAAAUUGAAGCCGCUUGAAGCUGGGAGUCGAUUGCGGAUUGGUGUGCUUGCAACUGAUGCAACUUUAACGGCUGGAUUUUAUCAGGAGAAACUACAGAAUGAGGGAUUUGAGGUAGUGCUGCCAGAUAAAGCAACAAUGGAACAUACAGUAAUUCCUGCAAUUGAAGCUUUAAACAGAAAAGACACUGAAGGAGCACGCAAUCUGUUGAGGAUUGCUCUCCAAGUUCUUUUGGUAAGGGCAGUGAACUCUGUAAUCCUUGCCUCUGAUGAUAUGAGGGAUCUUUUGCCUCAGGAUGAUCCUCUCCUAAAAAAAUGUAUAGACCCCAUGGAUGCAUUAGCUAGAUCUACUAUUAAGUGGGCGCAAUCUGCUGAAAUGGGUACAUACUGAACAUUGAGAAUGUGAUUAAUGAUUGAUCUGGUUAAUGUGUUUCUCCAUCUGUAAUUUCGACCAAUAUUGUUUCACUGUGGAACAUCUGUUCUGUGAAUUCAUCUCUGUUUUUAUGUUUAUUUUAUUUUAUUGUUAUCAAUGAAGAGGUACUGAAAGGAAUGAACUGAAUUUUAAAA